AUGGCUGUCUUCAAUCGUCGUGCCCAGGUUGCAUCCGCUCAUGAUGUUGUAUUGAAUUAUGGUGGCGACGUUGGCGAGGUCCAAACACAUGGAUCGGUACAGCUGAGAGUUCAGCUGGUCCAUCUGUACAACGAACACGUCAGCCCACCUUGUCGGUGGCCUUCCUCGACAUCGUCCUGUGCGAAGGAUCCAUUCCAAAAUUCUUAG